GAUUGUUAACCAUCUUAAAUCGUCAGAACUUUCAGUUACACUGUGUGACGACGUACAUCACUAUAACAUAUUACAGUGGUAACCAUUGUGUUUAAAUAUGAUAUAGUAUGUAACGCUAAUUUCCUGUUGAUUAUGGUAUUGUUUGGGCACUAUUGUUAUCAUUCUUUCCUGUUUCCUGAUACCUUAAACAGCAUUGUAUCACAACACUUAGAAAUGGCAAAUGGUGUACUUUCAUGCCAAGCUGAGUUUACAUGCCAGGCUCAACACGGCUUAGUGGUAGAGAAACAACACUAAUAUUGAUAGUGUUAGAACAAGUACUCAUUUCAGAGCGGAUACAUUCUCUGAACUCUGACACAUUGGUGUACAGAUAUUCAGUUGGAUGACGAUGACGGGCGAAGGUGAUGGAAAUGGAUUUCGAUCGUACAGAAAAGGAUUUUCCUUCUUACUUCUGGCAAGCUUACUAAUUAUCUGCAUUGUUUGGGAUAUAGCUGGAAGAGACGGUGUUGUACAAUUCUACAGUCCAAGCAUUUUGCCCUACAUACAAAACGCUAGUGUUCCACGCGACGUUUCCAGUAGUGACAUUAAUAUAACACGUACGGCCUUACCACCUGUUACUUCGACGACAGCAAAACUAGUGAACCCUCACAACUUCCAGUAUGUUUUUCAGGGAAACAGCACGUGCGUGAGAAGGAAUAACACGGAUGUAUAUCUGUUAAUAUGUGUGUGUGUCGCUCCGGCGAAUUUUAAACACAGGGAAGUUAUAAGGAACACCUGGGGAUCCAUAACAAAAUACAACCUGGAAGUAAGGCUCAUAUUUCUUAUUGCUAAAACUAAAAAUGAAACGACUCAAUCAAAAAUCAACAACGAAAGUAAAGAAUACAACGAUAUCGUACAGGAAGACUUUGUUGACUCGUACAGAAAUCUGUCAUUAAAGUCAGUGGCGAUGCUAAGGUGGGCAAUGUCAUAUUGUAAUAGCGCAAAAUAUGUUUUAAAAGCAGAUGAUGAUAUGUUCAUUAAUGUUCCAUAUCUUAUUGGUGUGUUGAAACAUAAACAUAUAACAAAUAGUGUGAUAGGAAUGUUAAUACAAGGUGCUCGUCCUAUUCACAAUCCUGCUUCUAAGUGGCACACUCCACAGGAAUUGUACAAGGAAGCUGUCUACCCUCCAUAUUUGAGUGGAACAGCCUACGUCAUAUCCGGUGAUAUUGUUUCUAAACUGUUUCAUGCAUCGCAGAUGACACCGUUAUUCUGGCUGGAAGAUGUGUAUAUAACUGGUUUGUGUAGACGGAAAAUUGGUGCCAACGCCGUGGCUGACUAUGGCUUUACUUAUUCCCAUAGAUCUCCUACCGGGUGUGCCUACCAACACAUAAUUACCGGUCACGAUAAUACACUAGAGGAGAUCGAAAAGAUAUGGCGGGAACUUCAAGAUCCUAACAUGAAAUGUUAACAUCUAAGAGCGAUGUGUACCUACAGCAUAAUAGAUACUGUCAAUAAGAAUUCCAAAGUGUGUACGCAAAAAUAAGACAAAUCAACGUUUUUUCUACAUGGCAUAAACUUGCCAACUGAUAUUCGAACGAUUUCGGGAAAAAUUUAAUUGAUGUGUGCAAAGUGAUUGAUAUAUAAGAUAUAUAUAAUAUAUAAAUCAAAACUAUCUUUCAUAGGAGAGGUCACCUGUCUGAUCACGUAAUUCGUUUUGUUCUCUCCCACAGUACGAUCCCUAACGCGCUUUCAUCCGGGUCGACAAGAAUGAUUUUAUACGUUGAUAUAAAUAAUAUAACUUGUUUCACAAUUGAUGUAAAAGCACACUCCAAAGAUCCACAUGAAGACAGACAUCGAGUGAUUGGUUGAGUGAAGAGGUCAUAUGACGUAGUUUGAUGAACGAAGCCGAACAAAUAUUAGAGUGCUGAUAGUACAACUAUACCGAGAUAUUGACAUUUACGUAAGAUUAUAUAUAUAUACAAUUAAUACAAUUACUGUCGUAAGGAUGUCGGAAUGGGUCGAGUAAAAAUAUGGAUGAAUGAGUAGUUUGUGUAUGAAAGAAUGUAGGAACUGAGAUGAGAGGUGAAUCAUACAGAUACACUAUGUCGAUAUAUACACAUGUGAACGAAUCUUGUCCUAUUUAAGACGAUGUUCAAGACCACAUUUGGAAACUUAUCUAAAUAUUAAGGUGCAAUAAAAUAUACAAAUGUUUGAA